GGGUAAGCGGGUCAAUCCAACCCGAUCGAAGAAGAAGAAGAAGAAGAAGAAGAAGAAGAAAGGAAACUCCGAAACUGGUGUUUGAUUACUGCAAAGGCAAGCUAAAUCAAUCGUACAAUCGAUUAAAAUGGCGGGAAAUCGAACAGCGGCGGUGAUUUUCGUGAUCGUGAUCGUGUUCGCUGCGUUUGCUCCUCUGCCUUCGUCUUCACAUCGUUCUUCUUCCCAAUUUCGUUUGGAUAAAGGAGGUGAAGAGAAAUUUGAGAUAGCAGAUGACAUGUUCUGGAAAGAUGGGGAGCCGUUCAGGAUAAUCGGAGGUGACUUGCAUUAUUUCCGCGUUCAUCCCGAGUAUUGGGAAGAUAGACUGUUGAGGGCAAAGGCAUUGGGAUUGAACACCAUUCAAACUUAUGUUCCGUGGAAUUUACACGAGCCAAGCCAAGGCCAUGUGGUAUUCGAGGGAUUUGCGGAUUUAGUUUCGUUUCUCAAACUCUGCAAGAAAUUGGACUUGUUGGUUAUGCUGCGUGUUGGGCCGUAUAUUUGUGGAGAGUGGGAUUUGGGUGGCUUCCCUGGAUGGUUGCUUGCUAAAGAGCCUCCAAUCAGACUAAGAUCUUCGGACCCCGUCUUUCUUAACUUGGUUGAGAAGUGGUGGAGCAUCCUACUUCCGAAAGUGUUUCCUCUUCUUUACAGCAAUGGAGGUCCUAUUAUAAUGGUCCAGGUUGAGAAUGAAUUUGGUUCAUACGGGGAUGACAAAGCUUACCUGCAUUAUUUGGUCAAACUAGCUCGUACGCAUCUUGGAGAUGACAUAAUAUUGUAUACAACGGAUGGAGGUGCUAGAGAUACUCUUGAGAAAGGAACACUUAAAGGAGACGAUGUUUUCUCAGCUGUCGACUUCACAACUGGAGAUGAUCCAUGGCCCAUAUUCAAUUUGCAGAAAGAGUUCAAUGCACCAGGAAAAUCACCUCCUAUUUCAACCGAGUUUUAUACUGGUUGGCUUACACAUUGGGGAGAGAAUAUUGCAAGUACUGAUGCAAGUUUUACAGCUACUUACCUGGAGAAGAUUUUGUCCAAGAAUGGUUCUGCUGUACUAUACAUGGCACACGGUGGAACAAACUUGGGUUUUUAUAAUGGUGCUAAUACUGGAGAUAAUGAGUCAGACUUCAAGCCUGAUCUUACAUCCUAUGACUAUGAUGCACCUAUUAGAGAAUCUGGUGAUGUGGAUAAUGCAAAGUACAAAGCUUUGAGAAGGGUUAUUGCCAAAUAUAGUGCAAAGCCUCUUGCUUCGAUUCCUCCCGAUAAUGAAAGAAUAGCUUACGGACGUAUUCAGCUAGAUAAAGUUUCAUAUUUGUAUGACAUGAUCGGUAUGAAAGACCUUGUUGAUUUGGUCGAGUCCGAGAAUCCAUCUUCAAUGGAAGCUAUUGGACAGAUGUUUGGAUUUGUGUUAUAUGCCUCUGAAUACACUCCAAAAAGCAACGGAAGUGUGUUGUCCAUACCAAAGGUGCACGAUAGAGCUCAAGUGUUUAUUUCCUGCCCUGAAGAUAGUGAAAAAAGGCCGACGUAUGCUGAUGUCAUCACACGAUGGUCUAACCGACCCAUUCACCUGCCUUAUUUAAAAUGCGAAUCCAACAAUAAUCUAUUUAUCUUGGUCGAAAACAUGGGCCGGUUGAAUUACGGACCUUAUAUGUUUGACAGGAAGGGUAUUUUGUCUUCUGUUUAUCUGGAUUCAACGCCUCUGUAUAAAUGGAAAAUGCUUCCCCUUUCUUUACAAAAUGUCAACGAAUCCCCAAAAAUCGACCCCAUCAUUUCGAACACAAUAAAAACGGCAUCUCUUAAAGGAUCCGCCCGCAAGAAAUUAAUAGGCAAGAAGCUCAAUUUCGAACCGGCUUUUUAUACCGGUCACUUCAAUAUUGACAAAGUUCGAGACACAUACAUAUCGUUCCGAGGCUGGAGUAAAGGAAUUGCAUUCGUAAACGAAAUAAAUGUUGGAAGAUUUUGGCCGUCUGUGGGGCCGCAAUGCAACCUUUACGUUCCUGCACCAAUCCUCAGAGAAGGAAACAAUACUGUGGUUAUUCUGGAGCUAGAAUCACCUAAGCCUGACCUCACUGUUAGCUCAGUGGACCACCCUGACUUCACUUGCACUUCCAAACUAGGUAAAUCCAGAGGUCGUCUUGUGCUCACUUCCUGAUGAAAAUAUGUGUGUUUGUGACUGUGUGUGUGUGUGUGAGAGAGAGAGAGAGAGAGAGAGAGAGAGAGAGAGAGAGAGAGGGA